AUGUUAGCAGAAUUUAAACGAUUCAAUGUUGAUCAUAUUACAGAAGAUAUUAUUGUAGGAUCAGUGGAUGUGAAGGCAUUGUACCCGAGUUUGGACGCAACUUUUACAGUCGAAAAAGUAUGUGAGAUUUUCUACUCUAUUAGUGUAAAAGUAAUUGGUAUAGAUACUGAAGAACUAGGACUGUAUUUGGCAUUGAACAAAACUGAGACUGAAUUGGUUGACCUUGACAUACUGUGUUUUUGUCCGACACGUAAAACGAAUAGAGGUAGGCCACCAACUAUUAUAGGAUGUGCAAUAGAUAACAACAAAGAUAAAAGGUUUGAACCAUGGCUACCACCAAAGGAAGAACCUGACGAGCAAACAACCCGUAGAAUGUUUACUAUAGCUAUGAAAGUAACCCUCUUAUUUAUCAUGGAGAACCACAUGUAUACCUUUGACAACGAGAUAAAGCUGCAGUCCAGGGGUGGCCCCAUUGGUCUCCAACUAACUGGAGUUCUUGCACAAUUAUUCAUGGUAUGGUGGGAUAGAGAGUUUGAACACAAGAUGAAAGAGAUUGGACUGAGGUUAUGGUUGUACAAACGUUAUGUGGACGAUAUAAAUUCUAUCUUGAGUGUUCCCAAAAUGGGGCUGAGAUUUGAUGGUAGUACUCUGGUCAAAGAUGAAGUUGCUUCCGAAGAGGAUAGGUUGAUAGAGCAGGAUGAAAGAGCGAUGCGUUUGUUCAAAUCCGUUGCAGACAGCAUCCAUACAUCUAUUGAGAUGGAGAUUGAUUGUCCGUCGCCCAAUGAUGACCACAAACUUCCCAUACUUGAUUUAAAGGUUUGGAUAGAGGAGAGAGAGGAAAUUGAAGGGCAACUGAAAGAAAAGAUUGUAUUACAUGAGUUUUACUCCAAGGAAGUAGCAUCCAAAUCUGUCGAUAAUGCAAGAUCAGCGUGGUCGUGGAAUAGUAAGAGAACAAUACUUACAAGAGGUGUUGAGAACCAUAUGAUGAUGCGCCUACAAUGUUCUGGCUAUAAUGCGAAAUUUCAAGUGGCGGCGCCAGGCCUCCGAAUUUGGGAGGGCAUUUGAGGGGCAAACUCAUAUUUUGGGGGGGAAAGAUAGAAUUUUUGAAAAGGUUGCCCCCCCCCACAGGAAAUUCGCCCCCCCCCCUCAAAAGGGGGCGAUAUUCGCCCCCAGGGGCGCUAUCCUAGGAAUAUCGCCUCCCAGGAGGUGGGGAGAAUACCCUAGGAAUGUCGCCCCUCUUUAGGAUAUUCACCCCCCAUAUAUGCGAUGUGGUUUAUUCAAAUAAUUUUGUGAUACUUUCAUCUUAUUAGUGCCUUACACGUUUGAGAACUUAACUCUGCAAAACUAAAGCUUUUUUGCCUUUUUUGAAACGUAUUAUUGGAGUAUUGGCAUGUUUUACCAUUCAGAGAUUUACAAACUAAUAUUGAAACUGUAAAAAACAGUUUCAUGUAUACGCGCAUUCACUAAUGAAUAAUGACAACUUAUAAGACAUACAUUUUCCGAUAACGACAAAACGCUUGUGUAGCCUUUAGUCGCUCUUUGUGACUAAUAAUUUUUUUUGAGGGGCAAAUGGGGGCAAAACAUGGUGGGGGCAAAACAUAAUUGGGGGCAUUUGCCCACCUGGCACCGCCACUGGAAAUUUCGAAUGGAGGUAGUAAACUCUGCUUUAAAAGCAUAUGAUAACAUCCGGAGACUAGAUGCAUGUGGUGAGAAACCUAUGUAUAGACCCAGACAAUGGCAACGAGUAGACCGAGCUCAAGAAAAACGAAAGAAACGAGAUACCUGGUAUAAGAAAGGAGGAUACGAAAGCGUUAUUUCUGUACCAGCAACACCAAAAUCGAUCCUUAAACAACGAUACGAAAGAGAAGUUAGACGUAUUGGACUCAACAUUAAGAUUGUCGAACAAUCAGGUGUUACCCUCAAACGACAGUUACAACGGUCAAACCCUUUCAAAGAAAAACUGUGUCAAAGACAAGAAUGUCUGAUCUGUCAGAGUGGGGGAAAAGGAGAAUGUAAUGCAACAGGAGUCACCUACGAAUUAGUUUGCCAAGAGUGUAAAGAUAAAUAUAUAGGAGAAACUUCAAGAAGUGCAUAUAGCCGUGGUAAAGAACAUUUACAUUCCUUGAACCGCCGUGAAGAACAAUCUGUUAUGUGGAGACACGCUUGUGAAAAACAUGGAGGUGAUACACCAUCCUUUGUUAUGAAUGUUACUGGCAUUUUCCGUGAUGAUGCGAAGCUGAGACAAAUCACGGAAGCAGUAUUUAUUGGCAAAGUAAAGCACAACGAAUUAAUAAACGCGAAGAAUGAGUGGAACUAUAUCAAAGUUCCCCGUGCUAUUGUAACAAUAGAGUAA